ACUAAAUAACACGCCAAAAAUAAUCCGCCACCUGUAUGACACGCGCUAUUAGUACAGUCAGCCUGCUGUCCGUCAAUCCCACCUUCCUCUAGAACCCGAGCUGAAACCGGAGGAGGUGGGAGAAAGAAGAAGAAAAAAAAAUAAAAAAAAAUCACGCGCUCCGGUUACGCGAGAGAUGCGCGCGCCACCCUGCACGCUCCCACUCGUUACGCUCUUUUGCACAGAAUUAAUUUCGCCAGGAAACCGGGCGCGCUGAUUUCGGUUGGGGGGCUGAGGGUCGUCUCGGUAGAGUGCAGGACGUAGUUUGGAAACAUGAAGGACCGCACGCACGAGCUGAGGCAUGGGAAGGACACUGAGGAGGAGGAGGAGGUGGCAGUGGGCAUGGAGAAAGGCUUCAUGGAUGAGUUCUUUGAACAGGUGGAAGAGAUACGUGGCUACAUUGACUCACUGGCUGAGAAGGUAGAGGAGGUAAAGCGGAAACACAGUGCCAUCCUUGCCGCGCCAAAUCCAGACGAAAAAACAAAAACAGAACUGGAGGAGCUGAUGACAGACAUCAAGAAGCUGGCUAACAAAGUGCGCUCCAAGUUAAAGAGUAUCCAGCAGACCAUCGAGCAGGAGGAAGGACAGAACAGGUCUUCAGCUGAUUUGAGGAUACGGAAGACACAACACUCCACUCUGUCACGUAAAUUCGUGGAGGUGAUGUCCGAGUACAAUGCGACGCAAUCGAGUUACCGGGAGCGCUGCAAGGGCCGGAUCCAGAGACAGCUGGAGAUCACUGGAAGGAACACGACAAACGAGGAGCUAGAAAGCAUGCUGGAAAGUGACAACCCAGCUAUCUUCACAUCGGGGAUCAUCAUGGACUCCAACAUCACCCAGCAGGCCAUGAACGAAAUCGAAACCCGUCACAAUGAGAUCAUCAAGCUGGAGACCAGCAUCCGCGAGCUGCACGACAUGUUCAUGGACAUGGCCAUGCUGGUCGAGAGUCAGGGAGAGAUGAUCGACCGUAUAGAGUAUAACGUGGAGCACGCGGUGGAUUACGUGGAAAGGGCUGUUUCAGACACCAAGAAGGCAGUAAAGUACCAGAGCAAAGCACGGAGGAAGAAAAUUAUUAUUCUUAUCUGCUGUGUGGUGCUAGGGAUCGUUAUUGCCUCCACUGUGGGCGGGGUGUUGGCCUGAAGAGUGCGACGAUUCAAACCUAUUACAAAAUAUAACAGCAAACCCAUUCGUGCACAGAAAAAGAAAAAAAAAAAGAACGAUAAAAGACGCCGUUCCUUGGCAGCAUACAAUCAGUUAAAAAAAAUAAAUAAAUAUGGAAUCGUGUAAAGAAGGGAAGGAAGAACCGGUGUGCUUUUUUUUUUCUUUCCCGCAUGAGGCUCUAUUUUGUAAACGUGCAGUUCUGCAAUGUGUUGCCCUGGAUGUCCUGUGUCCUUGUAUAGAAAAGAAAUAAAUAAAUGACUUUUAUUUUUCAUUAAAUAUUUAAAGUGCUCAUAAUAAUUGCUGUAGAGAUACAAAGAAACCCACAAAGGAUCACUGCCGUUGUGUUUCCGCAGUGCCGGGAGAGCCAAACAAAGCCGAAUGUGCAAAUAUAUUGCGUAUUCUUCUUCCACAAGUGAUAUUAAAAAGACGAUGUCAACGAUCAGAUAGUUCAAAAUGAAACGGAAGAUUUUAUGCUGGUGCUGUGCUGGGACAAUAGAGAGUUUGAAUUACUGAAUGAUUCCACUGAUAUUCAUUUAUAGCUUUUUUUAAUUAUUUUGAAUUUUUUUUUUUUUUUUUGAGUAACCUAAUCUAGAAAAUUAAAAGACAGAAGAAAAAAAAAAUCCAAAACUGAAACGUCUUUACAAAAACAUUGCGUUUUCCAUCAUCUAGCACACUGAAUGCAGCUCAUAAACUGCUUGAUACUAAACUGAUGCGUAUCGGUAAAAUGGUUUUGAGUACGUAACGACACAACAGCAGAAAAAGCACACGCGUUUGAUUCAUACAGAGCCGCUGAGGGGACAUGCUGGUUAUUUUUGUAAUAAGGCGUGGAAAUGGAUUAAUAUAUUCGUAAGACACGAGACUCUGGAGAAGCUUGACGGCCACAGGUUUGAUCAGGAAAUAUCAUAAUCCAGGAAAGUCCGUAAUCCAGAAAUCGACACGAUCAAGGCGAAACACAGGCACGAUCGGCAAAUCCGAAAGGACGGACACGAAAACGAGUCGAAGCAGAUGAAUAAGCUAGCACUAGAUCAAGGUUUAGAACGUAUGUUUAUCACAAUGAACGACGCAAGACGUGUUUACGAUAUGUAUCUUCUAAGGUACGUAUCUCCUGGGCAGGAUUUAUUAUCUGGUGGCUAUGAGAUGAGAUACCAAAGUCAUGGCUGAGAAUUGUGUAACUUGAGUCCAUAACUUAAUAUAUUAUGGGAAAGUUAUACUUAAUAUGUGACGGCUAAUUAAUUAUUUGGCAGGAGCAGGCGAAAAAAAAAGCCUAUUCUCACUGAUAAUUCACUUAACAUGAUGCAAACUAAUAGUACGUCCAUAUCAUGUCUUGAUGCUUCAUUCCAAGAUUGAAGUAAAUUGCAAUGUUAUCAAUCAAUCUCCAUGCUUAUGUUCCUGUGGCUUAGGAGUGUAAUGCUAAGAUAAUGUAGUGUUUCAAAUAUUCAUAUCUGUAUUGAGAUUUUUUUUUUUUUUUAAUUAAAUAUGAUCCCUAACACUAUGUCCUAUCACUGGAAAACAAACAAACACCUCUUAGGUAGAGAUGCUGGGAUUGUAAGCAUGGUGUGUGCAUUCUGGCUCUGACAGUUAACUUAGUUACAUCACUCAGAUUAAAAAAAAAAAAAAAAAUCAUUUCUACUCACACAGUUAUUGUUUUUGUUCGUACAUACUUGUGAUAUAUUCUAACCAAUUUAGUUGCAAAAAUAUUAACACACUACUAGCCUAAUUUAAACCACCGCAACCCUGACCUGGGAGUUACUAAGGAUGUACGAAUGAAUGGCGUACAGUAAAUGCACCAUUACGCAGCACCGGUCCAAAACCGAAUCAUAAAUAGACGCAUUUCCUAUCCGUAACUGUUUUCGUAUCCGUUUAAAACACAUCAUCUGUUCAUUCCGAGUAAAUAUAUUUGUAUUUAGUUACAUCAGUACUUGUAGCUACAGUGGUGGCUAUUCAAUUCAACUGAUUUAUUUAUUUGACAAUAUUUGCGGUGAGUGAAGUGAAGCAUUUCCUAGCCACGAUCUCGAGAAACUGAUCUCGUUGCCGUAAUAUAUUAAUUCAUGGCUACACAUUCUUUUUAGAUAAAUAAAUAAAUAGAUAAAUGUCACAUCAGCUGCUCUGUAGAUUUAUGUAUAAUUUGAACUACGCUGCUUUCUGAGCACAGUUCAGCUUCAUGGAACCCUGAUGAUUCAAAAUUUACUCCUGUCACCCCCCCCUUAAUAUUUUAUAUAAUUUUCCAAAAUAUGUAAGGUACCAUUUCCAAUGUUCACGUUCCAAGUGAAGGUACCGGUUUGUGUUGGAAAGCAUUUUAAAAAUAUUUAACAGGGGAGAUAUUGCCAGUAUUUAUUAUCAUCUUCUUCAUUAUAGCCUUUCUUGCGGCUGCUUCGUUGCCAGUGGCUCUAGUUUCCAUUCUGCCUUAUUUCUGUAUACUACAUUUAGGCGUGAGUGUAUACGUGUGUGUGCGUAUGUGAUCUGCAUGAAUGAACAUCGUGUGCAUGCCAAGCGGGGGCCAAGUUGUGUAUGUGUGUGUAUUAAAAGCCUGUUGAAGUGUCUGUAAUAUGCCACUUGUGUCUUUGUUCUAUAGAAGGUGUACAUUACUAUAGUAUUGGGGUGAAGUCAAAGUCCUUCUGCACAGAUGCUGCCAAUGACAAAUCUGACAGUGUGUAUGGAGUACGAUGUGACUGUUGAAUAUAUAUUAUUGGUGGAAGCGAUCAAGGUCAUGAUCCCCACGUUUCUGUCUCACUUGAUAAUAAGACUUGAGCAAGCAAAUCGAAAGUGCUCUCCUGAUUUAUUCUGGUUUCGUGAACACUACCCAGCCAGAUCGUUCGUCUGGGUUAACGAGACAACAAGACCACCUACUUAUGUCACUGCCUCUGCGUUGUGAAUUAAUGUCACUGUAUGUAUGUUUGUUAUUUGGGGUUCAUUUUUAAGUAAAUCUCGUCUGAAUACCAAUCCUACUCUCCUGUCAUUAUUUCACCUGGUGCACCAAUUAAAAAACUUUUCUUUUCCUCGAGACAACCUCUUGAUUCUUUUUUUUUUUUUUUACCAUUAUAUUCAACAUAAGCUUAUGCAAAACACCAUUUAGGCUCAACAGCAGGGCUCCAUCUCACUUUUUCAGGCUGUCCUUGCCUAAACAAAAUGAGAGGGGUACCUAGAGAGGUCAGUAGUCUCCCAUCAGCCCAAGGAAAGUACAUAUCUUUUUUGUGGAUAGUAAGAGAAGGUUCCUUAAGGCCUUUAACCGUCUUCUCCUGGCCCUUGAUUCUUGCAGGACUCCAGACUUUGUUCUUCAGCUAAGCCCAGACAACACUUUUUCUGGAUUGAUGGUGCAAUUUUAGCAGAGAUGCACUGAAUGCACAGGUUGCUACCAUUUCCUGUGACCAGGGCGUCCUGGCAGGUAUAGCAGUGGUGUUGUAGAAGGAUGAUGUUCAUCAUUCUGUAAAAUGUUGUCGACACUGACAAGGUGUAAAGGUGGAAAUGGAGGACCUGGUAUUCCUACAGCUUUCUAAAUAUGCUGGACAGCUGGGUUUCUGGUG